CGGUUGCUAGGGGGGCUUUUUUUUCCUCCAACUCAUUCCCGGCCUCGGCCUCGGCCUCUGCCCUGAACUUGCCGGCCCGCCUCGCCGUCUGAUUCCGUCCCGUAGUUGUUGCUGCUCGGCCCCUCACUCUCUCCCUGUCGAGACUAUGUGGGAAUUACAGGAUGCCCAGUGGAAAGAAAUUUAAACCUACCAAAUAUAUCCCGGUGUCGACAGCCGCUGCCUUGCUAGUGGGAGCCACCACCUUGUUCUUCGCCUUCACGUGUCCUUGGUUAACAAAAGAAAUCUCUCCGGCAAUUCCAGUCUACAAUGGCGUCGUGUUUCUUUUUGUUUUGGCAAACUUCAGCAUGGCAACAUUUAUGGACCCAGGAAUCUUUCCACGAGCUCAUGAAGAUGAGGAUAAGGACGAUGACUUUCGAGCUCCACUCUACAAGAAUGUGGAAAUCAAAGGAAUCCAAGUACGGAUGAAAUGGUGUGCAACAUGUCAUUUUUAUCGGCCACCCCGAUGUUCUCACUGCAGUGUGUGUGAUAACUGUGUUGAGGAUUUUGAUCAUCACUGUCCAUGGGUGAACAACUGUAUAGGACGAAGAAAUUACCGCUACUUUUUCCUCUUCCUCCUCUCCCUUAGCACGCACAUGGUUGGAGUGUUUAUUUUUGGGCUGAUUUAUGUUUUAAAUCAUAUUGAAGAGCUUUCUGCCCCACGUACUGCCAUCACCAUGGCUGUCAUGUGUGUAGCAGGUCUUUUCUUCAUUCCUGUUGUGGGUCUAACGGGAUUCCACAUGGUUUUAGUUGCCAGAGGGAGGACAACAAACGAACAGGUAACAGGUAAAUUUCGAGGUGGUGUAAACCCAUUCACCCGCGGAUGCUGUGGUAACGUGGAGUAUGUACUUUGUAGUCCUUUAGCUCCCAGGUACAUAGUUGACUACAAAAAGAAAGACUUGGUAAUGGUGAAAUCUCCUUUUGUUAGACUUCAGUUGUCUGAAAAACAAAUUACACUCAAGAUAAAUGAUAAUGGAAUUCAGGGCAAUCUGAAUAGGACCAAGUCCAAAGGAAGUUUGGAGGCUUUGGAUGUUCAAUCAACAGAAGUCGAGCCCCCGCUCCCACCUAAACUAGGUCCAAGCAAAUAUGCAAACCUUAAAAACCAACUCGGUACUUCAACCAACGAAGAUAGUGGUCUCUCAUCCAAGCCCAUCAACCCACCCACUCCUGCCAUGUUUAAGUAUCGACCAGCACUCAGCAGUUCAGGUGCAAACCCCAAAGUUCUCUACCAUGCUGCUAGUGAGAAGAUUUCCAUGCAGGAGGGACAUAAAGAGGCACCUAUUAUGGAGGAGUGCAGCAGAGCCCACGACUACAGGUCCGAGCCAAAUCUCGAUAUCCCCGACUACCGGUCGCCAUCACUUCACAAGACUUACCAGUCAUCACUGUUUCAACUUGACUCGCUCUCUGUUAGCUCUCGCUCUCUGAGCCUGAAAUCUGCCCAUAGGAGAGGAACGGACAAGGCUCAGUUGCACCAAAUGAAGUCGGACUGCUCAUCUCCCAAUCAGUACAAAAAUAUUUUUGGUCUGAAUUCUUUGUCCAACAGAAAUGGAAGCCUAUCCUACGACAGUUUGUUGAAUCCCCCUUCCACUCAUCCAGGGGUGGAUUCUACAGCACAUGCUGGGGUUCCAACUGUAGGGUACCAUUCACCAUAUUUAUCAGCCAAAAUGUGCCAGAUUCGAGGGGCAGAUCUCCAGCGCCAAGCUGUGCAAGGUUAUAGCCCGAUACAUAGAGGCUCAUCUCCACAGCAACGGGAGCCAUCGCCAGUUCGAUAUGACAACCUAUCUAAGCAAAUCAUGGCCUCCAUUCAGGAGAGAAAGGCAAUGGAAGAGCGUGGGAAGCUCAGAGCCUCGCCUGAUUCAGUGUUUCUAGACUCAGGGGCAUAUGAUGCGCCCGGCUCGUACAACGUGCAACAAAUGAACACUUUCUCAGAGGACUCGAGAAGGACAACCACUGGCAUGUGUGGUUCUCGAGAUAAUCUUAUGUCUGCUGCUACCUGCAGCACAAGGAGCCCUCUGCUGCGUGCCUCGGCUUCCUCCCUGUCAAGCACAGUGUCAAGGGUAGCAAGGACUUCUACAAGUUCUCUCCACGCAGACAUAGCAAAUAACAAUGUGCAGUCCAACCACACUUUGCAAAGCAGAUCUGUUGAGACCUCGUAUAGGUCUCCAGGACAUCAAAUCCCACCCUCCUCGUUGAUCAGAUCCCCUACUUAUGGAAGCCAAAAGCCUCUAUCCUUCGUCACUGCAAUGGAAAUGUCAGAAGGAGUGCCUCAGCCUCUGAUGACUCCACGUGAUGAGGUUCAAAUGAAGACUGCUCACAGCAAAAUUAACGGACAGCCAAAACGUUUAUCCAGGGUGGAUAGCCGGCUAAGCUCAGCUUCUAUUUCCCAUGGUGCUACAGUCAGUCCCACCAGACAGUCUAACGUAAAAAAGGUGUCGGGUGUGGGCGGGACCACUUACGAGAUUUCAGUGUGAACAGCCAUCGACCACGGCAGCUGUAAAGUUGGAUGCACUGUGAAGACUCUGUCGCAGCAGCUCUUGUGUGUUCUUGCCCAAACAGCUGCAGCCUUAUUUCUCCAGAGGUAGUAAAAUCAAAUCAGAAACAUGGUUUCAAUCCAGGGCUGGCCCACCACAAACUUUUGCUUUUUUUUUACGCUCUUCUGCACCGUAAAGUGACAUUUUAGCAUCUUGUAAAGGAGGUAUGGUUUUUAUUGAAACCACUGUUGUGUACUUGCCUAUCUAUGGGAAUCUUGCAUAAAAGUUCAUGCAGUGUUGGAUUAGUAUUAACCUGGACCUCUGCAAUGAUUUUAUGGUGGUGAAGAGUUUGGCCUGCCAUUCAAACUUGACAAUACAGUUUGACAAAUGAAAUACCUUUUAUUUUGUGUUAAUGGACAUUGGCACAAUUGUGUGGCACCAAAGCUUGUCAAUUCCCUUCCUCCUUUGGAGGAAGCGAUGCUCGUACAUCAGCCAAAAGAUCUUUUAAAACUCUCCUCUAGGAUGAGACUUAAUGCCAUUAGACAACCUUGUAUGUGAGUGUUGUGUGUGUGUGUGUGUGUGUGUGUGUGUGUGUGUGUGUACACCUGUGUGUCUAGUAGGGCUUGUAUGAAGUCCAAAUGGGAGUGUACUGCUUCAGGCCACAAGACCCUCAAAGCUAUAAGGUUGUUUGUAAAGAUAAAUAAUACGAUUUAUUAAAAGAUUAAAGAUUCUUAUCAGUAAUCAAAAGUUGGAAUUGACAGUUUUAUAGAUACCAAGAAGAGGAGUGAUCACAUCUACUGGGAUAAAGAUGAAAGAAUGUUACGAACUUUUCUCAUGUAUGUAAGUCUGGUGAAUCCAUCUGUAGAUAGGUAGGGUAUCAGAAAUCAGGUCAUUUUCACACUGCCACAAACAGUUGAACAUGGGGGUUGUGUACCCAUGAUUCACCAACAUGGCAAAUUUUUGAUUGUUGCCAUAGUUUUAUUGGGCUGGUGAGGUGAGCCUACUUCACCUUGCAGGCAGACAGAAACCAAAUCAGCAUGUAUUCCUCCUGCAUCUUGUGUCUGAUGUUGAUGCAGGACUGGGAACAGGGUUCCUGCUUCUCCAUUCUUGGACUGGAGUGGUAGUUGGAGGUAGGCUGCAACGGAAAAGGAAGGAACCAAUCAAAGCCAAUGUAUUUCCAAUGCAGUGUCUUGCAUAUUAUUUUAUGAGUUGCCAGCAAAUAACUCAAAUGUAUGUUUGUCAUGCAUUUUUAAGCUAAAGUGACACGUUGUGAUAUUAACCACUUAAAUGGACCUUGGUUUACGAAUGCCAAAGUAAGCCAGUGAGCUGCACUCGUGCUGACUUGCCUUGCGGGUAUUACAGCUUUUUUGUUUUUAAUCCAGAUCAUUUUGAUUCUUGCUUUUCAUCCUUUUGACUUAAUAACUAAAGCAGGUCUGAGGUGGAACAAUCAAAGGUUUUAUUGUGGAAUAAAAUUCACAGUGUGUCAGAUUUUAUUAUUUUAAGGAAAAUGCAGCCAUUUUUUAUUCUAGUAUUUAAUUCGAUAAGGAUGUGCUCAUCCCUUAGAAGCCCCUCAGUAGCUAUUAGCCUGAGAUUCCAAGAUCCCUAAAACCAAUAUUAAUAAUCCAUUCCCAGUUAUCUUGAAGAGAGGACUAAAUGUUGAUUGUUUAUGACAUCAGCCAUGGGCCAGAGGCUAGUACUGUCACCUCCUGGGUGUAUUCGAUGUUCGAGCCUAUGUUAAAAAUGUGAGCAAAAGAUCUAGAUUGACGCUCCAGUACUGAGGGAGGGCUGCAUUGUUAGAAGUGCCAUCACUAUUAAACCAAUGCAAGUGGAUGUAAAAGGCAGCAUGGUGUUAUUUUGAAGAUGACCAAGGGAAUAAUGCCCUGGAGUACAGUCACUAUUUACCUCUCACUCAACAUUACUCCAUGAACCAGUCAAUAUGCUAUUUGAAGGAGUUUGAUACAUUUUUCUACUUUAGAAUCAUAGUUGCACUUCUAAAGCAUUUCAAAGUGCUUUUGGACAUCAUAUGAAAGGCACUGUAGAAAUUAAUGCCUGAAUUUGAAAUCGACAUUUAGCCGAUCAAUGUUUGCUGUCGGGGACCCAAGCAUCCACUCUAUUUCCUCACUCCACAACCCCAUUUUCCUAGCUCUUUAUUGCAAAGCAAAAUAGAGAUUUCUUUUAUAAUAUUUUUAUGGGGUCAACUGCAGUCCAGACAUUUAAGUUUAGGCUAAUCCUUCAGCUUCAUCUCAUUAAUUUCUCCUGGCUUUUAUUGUGUAUCUGUUCAACCUAAUCAUAGUUCACCUCUAUAAUUUUGGAUAGGAACAGGAAUAACCCUUUAGUCUCUGGGGCUUGUUUCACCAUUCAGUGAGAACAUGGAUGAUCUAAUUCAAUUGACCCAUAUCCCUUGACCCAGCAUCAAUCAUUAGAUGUAGAAGAGGGUACCACAUUUCUACCGCAUGUGCAAGUGUUUCCUAUCUUCAUUUACUGAAAGACUCGGCUUUAUUUUAUAUACCCACCAGUGAAACUAGUUCCUCUCCUACCAAAUCUGUACCUUGUAGUAUCUUGAAAACCUCAAUGAAAUUCCCCUUUCUAAAUUCUAGCAAAUACCACUCCACUCUAUAUAUAAUCUCUCCUCAUUAUUAAACUCUUCAUUUAGUUAUUAUUUUGGUAUUGGUAUUGGUUUAUUAUUGUCACUUGUACUGAGGUACAGUGAAAAACUUGUCUCGCAAACCGAUUGUAAAGAUCAAUUCAUUACAUGGUGCACUUACAUUGGGUUAGUACAGAGUGCAUAGAUGUAGUACAGGUAAAAAACAAUAACAGUACAGAGUAAAGUGUCACAGCUAUAGAGAAAGUGCAGUGCAAUAAGGUGCAAGGUCACAACAAGGUAGAUCAUGAGGUCAUAGUCCAUUCAUUGUAUAAGGGAACCGUUCAGUAGUCUUAUCACAGUGGGGUUGAAAAUCUGUACUACACUUCAUCCAAGGCUUAUAUUUCUUUCCAAAGUUGUUGUGCCCAUAAUUUCUCCAAAUUUAGUUAACCAUGACAUUAAGUAGCCUAACCUUUUGGUAUUCUAUCUUCCAGAUAUAAAGACUAAUGUUCCAUUUACCUCUGUUCAUAUUUUCCAAGCUUACAUACAUUAAGCUCUACUGUUUCUGGCUUUCAUUUCAGAAGCUACACUGUUCAUUUAGACAAUGCUCUGUUUCGUCCUUUUUAGGUCCAAAGUAAUUGAUCUUUCAUUUACCUGUAUUUGAAAUCCAUUUGGCAUGAUUUUGCCCCUUUGCUUAAAUUGUUCAUUGAAUGCACUCAGCUAUACUGUUUACAGUGCUGCUUAUCGUUGUGCCAUCAGCAAACUUGAGUAUAUGGCAUCAUCUAGCUCAUCAAUAAGCACAGUGAAUUACUGAGAUCCCAAAAUCAUUGCACGCCAUUGCACUGUUCACAUCCUGCCAAUUGGAUGGUGCCCCAAUGUCACGAUUGUGUCCCUGGGAUUUGUCCUAAUCCAUCUCCUUUCCCCUUCCCAGUCACUCCAUCCUCAAAAUAUUUUUUUUGGCAUUUCAAAGUUAAUUUCUACCCAUUUGUUUAGUCUAUGAACAACUUUGUGAAACUUUAUCUCAUGAUACAGAAAUCAUUUCUCCCCAUCACAUUUUGAUGUAAUCCUUAAGUGUAGGCAUUGGACUCCCUCCAAAAGUCACUACGUAACUUAAUGUUACAACUCAGUUGAAAGAGGUACCAUUACUCUGUAAAGUUUGGUAAGUUACAUCACAGCACAGUGGCUUAUGCAAAAUCCCCUCGAACCUGAGUACCAGAUUCUCAUGAAAACCUCAUUAUGACAGGAUGGUGUUCAAACCCCUCCAUGGUCUCGCCCCUCCCAAUCUCUAUAAUCAUUACCAGUCCCUCUGAGAUUUCUGUGAUCUUCCAGUUCUGACUUUCUACAACUACUCUCUCCUCCUUUAACAUUAUCUUACCAACCCUUUUAGUUAUCUGUCUUAACAUCUUGUGAUAAUGUCAAAUCUUCUUUGAUAAUUAUCACAUGAGACUUGUAUUUAUUCUGUGCCUCUAAUGUAAUAAAACUAUUUUUAGAUGCUGUCAUUGUUGUUGCAAAGCUUUGUGAUGCCCUAUGGUUAUAAGGGGUGCUAUAUAGUUGAAACUAUCAGUCUAAAUGAGGCAAAUAGUACAACGGUUGGUUAGGCUACAGUCAGCCUUGUAAACAGAUCAGUUCAUAUCGAGCUGAUAUUAUAACCAAUUCUCAAUGCAACACUUUAAACAGGAGGAAUAUCAUAACUGCCCAGACAUCAGGCAAGUCAUGCUUUUGCUGAUAUUCCUACAAUAAUAAAAAAAAGCAUAAAAUAAUAGAACUAAGUGACUCCACAACCAAUGGAUCAAAUCAAAGCUCCACACUCCUGCUGCAUGCAUUUGUGAAUGGUGGGGGAUAAUUAAACAGGAUGUGGCAACUCCAAGAACACCCCUACCCUCGGGGACGGCAGGGACCGGCAUGUUAGUGCUAAAGACAAGGCUGAAGCAUUUGCAGCUGUGUUCAACCAGAAGGACUGAGCAGGAUAAUCCAUCUUAAACGCCUGCUGAGAGCCCCACAUCACAGAAGCUGGUCUCCAGCCAGUUCAAUUCAUUCCAUGGUGAUGUCAAUAGACUACUGAAGACAGCAAAUGUUUAGGGACCAGACGACAUUCCAGCUGAAAUUAUGAAAAUUUGUGCUCCAGAACUAGCUGCAUCUCUCACAAAGCUAUUCUGGCAUAGUUACAAUAGUGGUAUCAACCUGCCAGUGCUGUAAAAUCCCCAAGUGCAUUCUGUUCAAAUCCGAUCCCACUGAUUACUGGCUAAUCAGUCUACUUUCAAUCAUCAGUAAAGUGACGACAGUUCAGUCAAACAGCAGUUACCCAUCAAUAACCUGUUCACUGUUGCCCAACUUGAGCUUCACCAGCAACACUUGGCUCCAGACCUCCUCAGCCUCAGUCCAAAUGUGGACGAAACAGCUGGAUUCCAGAAGUAAGGUAAAAUUGACUGCCCUUGAUAUUGAGGCAGAACUUGACCAAGUACAGCAUCAAGGAAAGAGUCCUUGUAAAAUGUAAAGUCAAUGGGCAUCGGGAAUACACUCCAAUGGUUGCAUAAGGGGUAAUGGUUGGUCAAUGCCAGCCUCUGCAUCACUCUAAGAAUUCCUCAAGGCACUGUCCUAAGGUCAACCAGCUUCAGCUGUUUCAUUGAUGCCCUUCUUCCAUCAUUGGACCAGAAGUGGGGAUAUUUGUUGCACAGUUUUCAUUCCGAUACAACUCCACAGUGAAUGAAGCAGCUCAUAGCUGCAGGCAGUAAGAUCUUUCGGGCAAUGAGCAUUUCCAACAAGAGAGAGUCUGUCCAACUGCCCUCGGUGUUCAGUGGCAAUGCCACUGGACGUUCACCACGGUCAACACCCUGAGGUUCACCGUUGUCCAGAAAUUCAACCAUCUGCACAAAUACCAUGGCUACCACAGCAGUUCAGAGGCUGGUUAUUUUGUGGUGAGCAACUCGCCUCCUAAUAUUCCAAAGGCUUUCAUCCACAUAUAAGGCAUGAGUCAGGAGUAUAAUGGAAUAUGUAUCUGGAUAAUCACAGUUCCAAAAAUUCUCAAGACAUUGUCCAGGGUAAGAAUACCCACUUGAUUGCUGCCCCAUCCACCAGCUUAGACAUUCAUUCUCCUCAUCACCAGCACACCAUGACUGCAAUGUGGACCAUCAUUGUACCUCCUCACUUAGGCUGACAGUGCCUCCCAAACCUGUGAGCAAGUGCAUGGCAAUAUUCCUACCUGUACAUCCUCCUCCAAGUCCUGCACCAUCUCCAUGUCGAAAUAUUUCAUUGUUCCUUUGUCAUUACUCGGUCUAAAACCUGGAACUUCCUAGGCAACGUUAAGGGAGCAGCCCCACCAGAAGAUCUGUGUUAGAAGGUAGCUCAAGAAGCUGAGUCAGUCCCAGCUUCCCAACAGGGAAUUAAUGAUGGAGGCAAUAAAUGCUGGCAUCUGGGAAAAUGAAUAAAUAAAAAAAUCCUCAUACCUCUGCACCUUUAAAAAAACACAUGAUUUAUGCAGUGUCCUCUUCAUGUGGCAUUAUAUAAUAUGCCUAUCAAUGGUGACCUACGUGUUUGAAAUUCCUGUUAAUUAUGCGGCUGGGCAACAUUUUAAAGUAAUUAGCAUGAGGUUAUUUUCAAAUCUGCAAUACAGUACUCAGCUGAUAGUAGAAGUUAACACAAGUCUUUUUGAACUAUUUGAGUCAAGCAAUGACUAAAAUGCUUGUGUCUGAAGUACAUUUAUAGUACUGCUACUGCCUCUGUUCCCCAAAUCACCACAGAUUUUGAAUUCCUGUCCCAGCACCACCAGACAGCAAGACGUGUAUUGCGAAACAAUACUUCCAUCGACAACCUCAAAUCAGAGUUAAACCAAAUCUUUCAAUAGAGUGUGAUACCACACAAGCUGGGAGCUGCCCACAGGAUCUGUGGGUACUGAACGUUCAGCACAGCAAACUUAAAUGUCUUCUUGUUGGAACAUUUCCAAAAUAUCAAAUUGGAUUUUUCAUUCUUACAUCUCAAGCUCUCUUUAGAAAAUAGCACAACUCCAACCCUUGUCUAUAAACAGCCUCUUCUAAUCCAAGAGUUUAUCAUGGGAAUUUCAUUUCCAAGCAUGCAAAAUUUGAUAAAAUUUUCUCUUGUAAAGAAUAUUCCCUUGAACACAGUUUUACAGCCCUCUCAAUACUUUGAAAUCUCUCUUAUCCUCCACCUCCACUGUAUUUUUUUCAGACCUUUGAAAACAAUGUGCAUCAUUCUACAGUGUACAUAUGGCAAGGCUUUCCCUAUUUUUUGUGUGGAAAGAGCAUGGGUUGACUGGUGUAGUUUGGUGUAGUCCCCAGGUGUGGAGAGGGUUGGGACGUAAGCUUCAUUAAAUGGCUUGCUGGAACUUCAAAAAUCAGCAAUUUUUUUUUCUUUUUGGUCUUGACUCUGAAAGCUUUUGCAUAAGAAAUCAUCUUGAAUUUUAGUUGAUCUGUGUUUUGGAGGAAUUGUCCUGCACAUGCAUAUAUAUAUGUGUGUGUGUGUGUGUGUGUGUGUGUGUGUGUGUGUGUGUGUGUGUGUGUGUGUGUGUGUGUGUGUGUGUGUGUGUGUGUGUGU